AGAGCUGCGGAACAAGAUUGUGGACCAGUGUGAGAGGCUGCAGUUUCAGAGUGCCAGCAUCACCAAGUAUAUGGCCAAGGUCCUGCCAGGGAAGAACCAGAGAGCAGUGAGCACGGCCAGCGCGGCGCGGGAGCUGGUCAUCCAGAGGCUGGGCGUGGUGAGGAGUCUGUGUGAGAGCGAGGAGCAGCGGUUGCUGGACCGGGUGCACGGCGAGGAGGAGCGGGCCCACCAGAGCAUCCUGACGCAGCGCGUCCACUGGACCGAGGCGCUGCAGAAGCUCGACGCCAUCCGGACCAGCCUGGUGGACAUGCUCACCCACCUGGAUGACCUCCAGUUGAUUCAGAAGGAGCAGGAGAUUUUUGAAAGGACCGAGGAAGCAGAAGGCAUUUUGGAUCCCCAGGAGUCGGACAAGUUAAACUUUGACGAGAAGUGCAUUCGGAGCUCACUACUCACCCAACUCUGGGUGACCGCGGUUCUCGGGUGCCUCUCAGGCACGGAGGAUGUGCGUAUCGACGAGAGGACUGUCAGCCCCUUCCUGCAAUUGUCAGAUGAUCGAAGGACCCUGACCUUCAAUGCCAAGAAGUCCAAGGCCUGUGCCGACGGUCCGGAGCGCUUUGACCACUGGCCCAAUGCCCUGGCCGCCACCUCCUUCCAGGCUGGGCUGCACACCUGGAUGGUGAGCGUCCAGAACAGCUGUGCCUAUAAGGUGGGCGUGGCCUUAGGCCAGCUGCCCCGCAAGGGCUCUGGCAGUGACUCCCGUCUGGGCCACAACACCUUCUCCUGGGUCUUCUCCCGCUAUGACCAGGAGUUCCGGUUCUCGCACGCUGGGCAGCACGAGCCCCUGGCGCUGCUGCGGUGCCCGGCCCAGCUGGGCGUGCUCUUGGACUUGCAGGCACAGGAACUGCUGUUCUUCGAGCCGGCCUCGGGCACGGUGCUCCACAGCCACCACGCGCCCUUUUCUGGGCCCCUCUUCCCCGUCUUUGCUGUGGCCGACCAGACCAUUUCCAUCAUCCGCUGACCUUUGGCUACUAUGCCUCGAGGCCACGUUCAUGCCCAGUGCCCUUUUCCCAAAUGUUGCCCUAAGGGGACAGCUUUAGGAGGGGUAGGGAUCCAUUUCAGAUCUGGGUACAGCCGUUAAAUGCUGGGUAUCUGGGGGGAGCCUCUGCUCCCUGGGCCUUAGUCUCCUGCAUCCACCGUGCAUCAGCCCUUCUGAGGGUGUCUUGUUCACCACUUUAUCUCUGGCAUCCGGCAUGGUGCCCGGUGCCUAGGGAUUGUGCAAUAAAUAUUUGGCGAAUGUAUGGACGGAUGGAAAGAUGCCUGGGUGUGUGUGGUAGACUCUUCUGGAAAAGCACAGCCUUCCAGCCCUCUGCCCCCAGCUUGGAGCAUGUCCUGUGGCUGAAACUUCCAUCCCUCAGUUUGGUGCUUCUCAGUCCUUUUCCUGACAUGGCACAGGGAGAAAAUCUUUUUCUGGCCCACAAGGACACCUGAAAGGGAUCCCGGACUCCUGCUAGGCUGCUCUUGGCCAGAGCGGGAGCUGUGUCGUCCGAGCAGGUCCAGCGUGGGGGCUCAGAAGAUUGAGGGGAUCCUACCUGCAGGUAACUGGGCCGCAGCACACCCAUUGGCAGCUCUGCCUUGGAGUUGGCCGCUGAGCUCAGCUGUGCCCACCUGUGGUAACAGGGGUGAACUUUCUCCCCACCUGCAGCUAAUGAGGGUUCCCGCCUAAGGCCCCCCCUCCCCAACCAACACAAUGUGGAGACCUGGGGUGAGGGCUUCAAGCCCAUGAGAGAGCUGAAGGAGUAAGAGAGCCAGCCUUAUGGAACAUGUAUGUUAUUAAAGGUUUUACAAGAGUCAAAA